GUGCCCGAGGACUGCGUGCAGGUGCUGGACUCCCUGUCCAGGUGCGUGAAGUGGGCAGAGGGCUUCCUCCUGGUCUACUCCAUCACCGACUACAGCAGCUACCAGUCAGUGCGACCUCUCUACCAGCAGGUACGCAAGGUCCACCCGGAUGCCAGGACUCCUGUCAUUAUCGUGGGGAACAAAGCAGACCUCCUCUAUGCCAGGCAAGUGCAGGCGAAAGAGGGGCUACAGCUGGCACAUGAACUGGGCAUCCUGUUCUUGGAAAUCUCCACGAGUGACGACUCCCAAGGCGUCUGUGAUGUUUUCCAGUAUCUUUGCAAGGAGGUCAGCAAACUACAGCACGCCGGCAGCACAGACCGAAGGCGGUCAUCCAUCAUCCCUCGCCCCAGAUCUCCUAACAUGCAAGAUCUAAAGAGACGUUUCAAACAGGCUUUGUCUUCCAAAGUCAAGUAA